AUGCCAAGUACAUCGGCCGCCCUCUUUAAUGAUACACAAUCGGACAAGCGGCCCAGAGCCCAGUCGCCAGAUUCUGAGGCUUCGUCGGCAGCUGAAGACGUACAACAGGAGGAAGAGGGCGCCGCCACCGCUGCGAUCGCGGAGAAGCCUUCGGGUAAGAGGCGCGAAAAGAAGAAGCAUACAUGUAGGAAGAGCAGGUCUCGGAGGGACGACUCGGAUGAUGAUACAGAUUCCUCGUUUCCGGUCGCUCGCACCUGGAGCACAACUGUUGCCCGAACCCUUUCCGGAGUACCUGUGGAACGUUGGAGACGCAAAGUGAUACAGGGAGUAUUAGCGUCCGUGGCACCUUCCACGCUCAGGUCCUAUAGGAAGGCCUGGUGUGAUUUCCUGGGUUUCAGGUUUGGGUUGUCUGGGCUGUCACAUAGCACCCCCCCCACCACUGAUGACGUCCUGCAGUACCUGUCCCAUCUGGAUGACCUUGGACGUGCUACGAAAACCUUAAAGAUCCACGUAGCAGCCAUCAGCUUCUUUUCAAAGGCGACGUUUGCGCAAGACCCAUGUAGCGAUUUUCUGAUCCGUAGAGCCAUUGAAGGUUGGGGCAGGUUGCAACCGCCCAGGACCGUGGGGCGUAAGCCUAUUUCGUAUGGAUUGCUAUCUCAGAUACGCGUAAAGCUCAGGACAAUUUGUUGGUCUAAGUUUGAGGCACGGCUCUUCUCUGCGGCUUACGCUAUAGCCUUUUUUGGUGCGCUCAGAGUUGGUGAGGUUGUGUGUGAAGCUAGUGCGCGGGGUUCAACUCGCGGCCUCCUGUGUGAGGAUGUACAGCUAUCCGAAUCUGCUGUGUCAGUACUAGUGCGUCAGUCCAAGACCGAUCAGACAGGCAAGGGUGUCCUGCUUAAGCUCACGGCGUUGGCCCAGCAGGGCCCAUGUCCGGUGAAGGACACGAGGCGGUAUCUCCGCCUUAGACCAGCCGGCCCGGGACCGUUCCUGAUACACGAGGAUGGGUCGCCCCUGUUGAGGUACCAAUUCACUAGAGUAAUGCGCAAGGCUAUUGAGGCUUGUGGCCUACCCCCCAUGAGUACGCUGCACAUUCGUUCAGGAUCGGGGCCGCCACCACGGCCGCGCACCUGGGGUUGCCGGCAGAAAGGAUAA